UCCAGGCCCACCUGAGCUUGACUGAGCCACCUAGCUGCCCAUAACUAUAGCAAUAGAUAGAGAGGAUGACCCAUCCAGGAUUUUAGAAAGGUGAUAAACAAGUUUCUUAUGAUGUCCUUGUGGAUUAGAGACUGGAUAAUACAGUUAUGAGAAAUUAGAUCUAGUUGAAUGACAAGUCAUAACCAGGCAGUGAUUGUCCAUCUUGGUAAUGUUUCCAUGGGAAGAGAAGAAAGUGCCAAGGACCAAGCCCAAGAUGAAGGAGCUCCAAGUGAUGGUGAAAUAUCACCUGGGCCAGUAACAGCAGCAGUGGGAGAGCAAGGCAGCAGUAGCAUUUGGGAGUUCAGAAAGCUAAGCUAGAAGUCCUGCCCUUCUGGCAACAUAGACACCGAAUUAGAAUUGAGGCCGAGCCCCCGGAAAUGCAUUGAGGACUCCAAACUUCAUGCCAGACAACCAGGAGACCAUCACUGAAGAGCACAAGCCAGGGGCCCAGAAGUCCAUAUACCAUCACCAGUCCCCUAGGGAGCUAAUUAGCUAUAAGAUCCAUUAAGCUAUCCCCCUUCUGACCAGGAAUUGGUCUUUUUUUUUUCCUUCUUUUUUCUGUCACUUGCUUUUUAAAGAGUGAUAAUUUUGGUGUUGGGCCAAGAAAAUAUCAACACUGAGGUGGGUCUUUAAAGGACUGUCACAAUGAUCUGUUCUUGGCCCUAUUCUGUUCAACAUUUUGAUCAUUGGAUGGAAGCACAAAUGGCAUUUAUCAAAUUUGCCAGGUACAUCAAGGUAUAGGGACACAUUGGAUAAUAGAAUCAGCAUCCAAAAAGAUCUUGAAAGGCUGAAAUGAUGAGCUGAAUCUAGUGGGAUUAAAUUUAAUAGAGAUAAAUAUAAAGUCCUACAUUUGAGUUAAAACAACUGCCUGAGUAUAAGAUUUAGGGGUUCUAUAGGGGUAGGUGGUGGAGUGUGGAUCAUAAAGUCAAUCGUGUAACAUGGCAGCAAGACAAUCACACAAAACAAAUUUGCUCUUAAACCUGUGCUUCCAGAAGGACAAAAGUGGGCGUCCUUCUGUCAUCGGUCCUGAUCAGGCCACACCUGGAAUGUAUUAGGAAGGUCAUUGACAAACUGGAGGUGGGGGAAGGGGUGUUGACCAUCAUCUGGAGGCCAGGAAAAUAGGAGUAUCAUUGAUGAAACUGGGGAUGAAAAGAUGAGAUGGGGGAGACGGAUGUAGUCACUGUCUUCAAGUUGUUUUCCUUGGCUCCACAGGGCAGAGUCGUCCGUGAACUGAAAGUGUCAGUUCUAGUGGAGCUAGGAGAAAAAAACCUUCCUCACAAUGAGAGCUGCCCCAAGGCCGAAUGGACCGAUUUGGGAGGCUGUCAUGGGAGGACUUCAAACAAGGAUGUUGUAGAAAGUUGUGCAGGUUGGACUAAAUCACCUCUGAAGUUGCUUCCAGCCUCUAGAGGCAUGUUCACCUCCGCCCGAAGAGGCUUCUCCAUCGAGGCGCUCGUGGGUACUUCCACGGAGCCGUUGCUGCGCCCCGCGCCCGCCAGAGCCUGCGCCUCACCAGCUUGGGGGGCUGCUCGCCUGUUGGUCCCGGAGCCUUCUGCUGCCCCGGACCGCGGAGCCGGUGGUCGCCUGGGUCCGCCUCCGCCCGGCCCCCGGGACCUGUGCAGUUGCUGCCCCUGGCUUCUCCGAAGCCUUUUGUGGACGCCGAGCUUCCCGGGAGAAAUUCAUUCUGCUGAGAGCCUGCUGCUUUGUGGGCCCUUUACUCGAAAGCCCAAAAGAAUCCGGACAGCUUUCUCCCCAUCCCAGCUCCUGAGGCUGGAAAGAGCCUUUGAAAAAAACCACUAUGUAGUGGGAGCAGAGAGGAAGCAGCUUGCAAACAGCUUGUGUCUAACGGAAACUCAGGUGAAAGUAUGGUUCCAAAAUCGUAGAACAAAACACAAAAGGCAGAAGAUGGAGGAGGAAUGCCCAACAGCAGAGGAGAAGAGGAAGAGUGGACCACUUCUGAGUCAGUGGCAGGUGGCUGCUAGGCAGGGCAUUGAUGAGGACAUUGAUGUGACAUCUGAAAAUUAGGAGCGCUCUUGGGGACUGGAAGGUACCUUCUCAUGAAAGAAUGCUUGAGGCCUAGCCCUGGGACAAGUUCGAUGGCAGAGGCAGGACCCUCUUUGAUGAGACUGAUGGAUUUUCAAAAUUUUCCAAAGGUAACUUUAAAUACAACUGGAGACUAACACCCACUCAAGACUGCAAGGUAACAAACUGGAAAAGUUCAUGAAAGUUUUCUUCAGAGCUGGGCAUGGUGGCACCUGCCUAUAAUCCCUGCUAUUGGGGUUGCUGAGGCUGCUGUAUUGCUGGAGCUCAGGAUCUCUGAGAUGUAGUGUGCUAAGCCAAUCAAGUGUCCACACUAAAUCUGGCUCCAAUAUGGUGAGCCUCCAGUACCUAGAAACCACCAGGCUGCUUAAGGAGGGAAGAACUGCCCCAGGUUGGAAACUGAGGAGGUCACAGCUCCUGUGCUGAUCGGUAGUGGAACUGAGCCUAUAAAUGGCCACUGCACUUUUAUCAUGGCUGAGAUAAAGGGAAAGCAGUCACGAGAAAUGAAACGGUUUUCACAAGAAAUUUGUACUGCUUUGUGAGUAUAAACUGGAGCUCCAAAUGACCAUAUUGAAGAUAGCAGGUGGAGCUACCUCAUUUAUCAGAUACUCCUGAAGAGUACAAAGGGUAGAGAAGUCUAGGAGAGACUGUCAGAGGGAGCUGACUGAUUUCUAGGCCUGGUGUCUCUGACCCAUUAUCACCUGUCUGAGCUAGGUUGUCUCAGCUAUGCUCACUUACUUCCCUCCAUUCCAUUACUUCAGGUUUGUGGUUAAGGAGUCAGAAUGGGGAAAGGAGACCCAGAAUCUACUCAGAGAACCCCAUAUUAUUUUUGCAACUGGCACAUAGACACAAGGAGCAUCCUGGGGUUUUAUUCCAUACAUACAAAUAUACAUACAUAGGCAGAUGUGACUCUUUGUAACUGUGAGAGAGAGAGAGAGAGAGAGAGAGAGAGAGAGAGAGAGAGAGAGAGGUAGGGGUGUGUGUGUGUGUGUGUGUGUGUGUGUGUGUGUGUGUGUGAAUGGAUCUGUGUGAAUGGCUGGGGGCCUUCUGGCCAUUGCUGCAGAUCCUUCUUUCACUCCACAUCUUUUCAUCUUGUAUGAUAUUUGUCUGUGUUCUCUCAUGGAUCCUCCACAGAGUAUUUCUCAAUGUGUGUUUGCUGUGUCUCCUUACAUUUCAUGCAUGCCAGUGGGAUGCUUGGGCUGUCUACUCUUCCUCAGUCUUGCUACAUGACCAGGCUCUGCUCCUUUUCUAAACAUAUAUUUGCUGAAUAUCAUCCUCAUGCCACUUGAAAAUAUGCGGAAAUACAGCAUGGCCUGUGUAUACCCACCAUGUGUCUAUUCAAUGAACCUUAAUUUCCCUUGUAACUCUGAUUCUUUGUUCCCAGCUUUUCAACCUUACAGCAUCACCAGGUGAAUGUAUUAAAAAGAUGAGGUUUUGUGCCAAGUUGCUGCAUGAAAAGCCCUGUGCAUUUUCCCAAGUACAAUCCAGCCUUCUCUCUUCCUCCUACUGAAUUCCAGGUCUGACACAUCUGUAUGCAGUACCUGUCCCAGAUAUAUGUCCUGAUAUAUUAUGGGGAAGUUUAAGUUUAAUUUGGAAUACUAUAAGUUUCCCUACUAUGUCACUCCUAGUCAGGAUGAGAUGGAUACUAUUCUCUGCUUAUCUAUUUUCUUAACAUAGCAUUUAAUAAAUGCUUUUUCCUUCUUUGAUAGCCUUCUGUUGCAGUGUGGGCCAUGGUUAAGGAAGCAAGGUUGGAUUUCAUGACAUUUGUAAUAUUGUCUCAGGAGGUUUUUGACAAUAAAUCCCUCUCCCACUUGGGUUGACAAUAGUCCCUCUGAUGUAUUAUUGACUUUACCUCCUUCAGGCUGACAAGGAAGGUGGAACAAAUCUGCCUUAUUGCCUAUAUGAAUUAUACCUCACCUGUAUACAAUGUUUGGCCUGUGAAUUCUCAAAACCAUAAUGCUUGAAUCAGAAAGAAAUAUUUUAUUCCAUUUAAUGGAAAAAUUAAAUAUUUUGGUGCAUAAACUGACCGUGUCAUG